AUGUCGCACGCAGGCAACUACAUCAAAUCAGGCAUGGCCUUCCUCAACAAGCUCGAGGAAGGCAAGCCCCAUACUUCCGUCACAGACUGGAUCGAGGUGCUCUCGGGGGAUAGAUACGAUGAGCUCAGUCUGGAUGGCAUCCCCGAGCUCGUGGAGAGUGUCAAUAUCCAGGGAGCUAUCGGAACACAGGAAGCAUCUAGGGCGAUCCGCAAGAAGCUCAAGUACGGAAACGUCCACCGUCAGAUCCGCGCCCUUGUGCUUCUUCGAGCACUGACCGAGAACGCCUCGAAAGGUUUCCAGCUCAACUGGGCCAACCCGCAGAUCGUCGAAAGGCUCAAGGAGAUGGCUACUGAUACCCUGCUCGACCCGAAAGUCAAGAAGAGGCUUAUGCUCGUCUUUCACGCUUGGUCUAUCCAGUAUGCGGGCGAGAGUCGGAUGGCGCAUAUCCAGCGGAUGUAUGGCCAGUACAGCGGUCAGCCUGUCCGAAGGGGCUCAGUGGCACCCGUCUCCAACACCUCUUCCGGAUACGCCUCCACUCCCGCCUCGCCCACCUCGGCCGCCCCUCGCUCCCGGCACGCCUUUGGCGACAUUGACGAUAUCUACGGCCACAAGUGGGAGCCAUCCGCUGGCGCCCGCGCGGGCGGAAACAACUACUCGGACCUCGCAGCCGCCAAGGCGGACGCUGAGGCGCGUCGGGCAGCCCGAGACCGCCAGAUUCUCAUUGAGCAGCGGGAGGCUGAGCUCGAGCGCCGCGAGCGCGAGAUGAAGCGCAAGGCCGACAUGGCUGCUUUGGAGAUGCGGCGGCAGAAGGACGCGGCGGAAGAGGCGGAGCGAAGGCGGGUCAUGAAGGAGAACCAGAAGAAGGGGGGUCCGGCGGCCAAGCCGAAGCCGAAGCCCAAGUUCGACCUGCAAAAGGAGAAGCCGAACAUCAUGGUCAGCGUGGCGACGGCGCUGCAGGCCGCUAAUAACUUGGUCAACUCGAUGAGGCACCUGAAUCGAGAGCACGAGAACUUGGUCGAGAGCCCUCGAGUCCAGGACAAUCUCGACAAGGCAAAGGCUGCCCGCCGUACUGUCAUCCGAUAUGUCCAGGUUGUGAACGACGAGGAGCUCGUCGGUACGCUGCUUGAGGCGAACGAGCGGGUCGUCGAGGCUAUCCAGAUGUACGACAAGCUCUCCAAGCCCGCCGCGCUCGACUCUGACUCGGAGAACGAAAGCGACGGCAAGAAGGCCAACGCCGAGAAGGAGAUGGACGCCCUCACCCGCCGUAUGGAGGCACAGCGGCUCGAAGCUCUGCGUGGAAACGAGAUGCAAAAGAUGCAAGAGAGGCAGAAGCGCGAGUCGGCGCGCGAGCAGCAGAGGCGCGAGAAGGGCAAGCCGACCCGGUAUGAGCAGGCGUACGGGAGUGGGGGUGGGUCGGGGUACGGCAAGGAUCUGGCCGAUCUGGACUUUGGGUCGGGAGGCGGGAGUGGCGGUGGAGGUGGAGGUGGCAAGGGGCUGCCGAGGCCGCUCAGCCCCGAUUCGGACAGGGGGAGUUAUGGUGGCGGGAACCUCUCGGACUUCUCAGACAGCAAUGUUGACUAUGACUCCUCGGACGAGGAAUACCGCCGGUCCACCCAGUCCAGGCGCCAGUCGCAUGUCCCCUCGAGCAGCCGCUCGCAGUCUCGCCGACAGAGCAUGUCUCAGCCGCAGCAGCAGCCGCAGAGGCGUGCGGCGCCUGCUCAGCCGCAGCAGUACAAGAGUUUGUUGGAUGACGAUCCGUUUGCGGACGACGGGGAGACGCCGGUGCAGGAGAACAAGAGGAUGCAGUGGGCGGAGAUCUAG